AUGUUUGGAUCAAAGAAGUACAAAGGGAAGGAUAGCGGAAGUUUACGAAGUUUCCGACCAGAAAAUGGUCAUCAUCAUCAUCAUGUCUUCUCUAGCCUAUCAAUCCGAUCCUUGCCAGAAACAGAUUGCGCAAGCUUACCGGAAACAAGUAGAGCAAUAAUGGAAUCCAAUUACUAUGAGGUUAAUCGGAUGAACGAUGAUCAAAUUAAUGCCGCAUUUGCUGAAUUACUUAAGCAAAUGAAUAUAAAAGAUGAAAAAUUUCGUGCCUUAUUGGCAGACAAUGAUAUGGAAAAGAAGCGGCAAAUGGUUUGUCAAUCUCAAAGACUUAAUAUGACUACUCAAGAAAAUUCCAAGCGACCGAUUGAUCUGAUUCGACGCAUUGAAAGAAUGCUGAUGUCUGGAGAAGAGGCUAGGCUAAUGAAAGAUGUGCUAAAAGACUUAAAAGUGCAGCUUAGUGUUGAGAAAGUGGAUUGGAUCAAGGAGUUUGGGAACCAAGGUGGUCUUCAUUUAUUAUUCCACAUAAUGCAUAAUCUCAUCGAAUCCCUGUGGCUAUCAGAGAAUUCUGAACGAGAGGAAGAGUAUGCUUUGCAACUCCACGACAGUGUCAAAUGUUUGAAAUCCGUUAUCAAUACAUGGCCUGGUAUGGAAAUGUGCUUCAGACGUCAAUCGAAAAUGUUUUCAUGCUUAGUUGGAGUACUGUCCGUGGUUUCCGACAAGCCAUCCUUGGAUCAUUGGGAUUCACUGAAAUUUGUAACAGUGAGCCUCUUGGGCGUUGUGGCUUUUGUUAAUGAUGAUAAAUUUGAGCUCAGAGGACGUGAGACACUCUUGAAAGCCUUAACCGAAGAAGCCCGAUUACGAAAAUGCGACAGGUUUCGCUGCAUUGUCAGCUGUUUGAAUAAAUCGAACCGUCUUGAUGUAGUGAAAAAAGCCAUGACAUUGGUAAAUGUAAUGCUGGACGUACCGGAGCCGGAUGAUACAAUUACGGAGGAAGGUCGUGCAUCUGCAGAAGCUGCCUGGCCAAUUCGGAUGCAUUGGAGAAGUGAGUUCAUGCGUGCUGGUAUGUACGACUGUAUUCAGUUUUUGGAAAGUUGCACUUUGGAAGCAAUCAAGAAACAGUACGACAAUUUCUGCCGAAUCAAAGAAGCCGAUUUUGCUGAACUCGUAAAUCGGUUUGAACAAAUAAAAGGAGAAUAUGAAGAGCCGGACUGUUGCUACAGCAUUUUGUUAGCUGGUGUGAAAAACACUAGAGCUGAAGGACCAUUUUUGAGCAUUCUGCAACACCUUCUUCUAGUAACCGACGACAUUAACAUAAGGGCAGAAUAUUUUCGACUGAUUGAGAACUGCAUCUCAGAAAUCGUUCUACCGAAAACAUGUGUGGAUCCCGAUUUCCGUGGGAAAUUCGAAUUUACUCAAGAUGUCAUUCAUUUUCUCGAUACUUUGGAAGAUGGUGAAGAAGGAAGGCAAGCGAACAAACGUGUUGAAACGGCCACACAAGCAAAAAAUGAAGCCUUAGCCAAAUUGAGCCAAUAUUACAAGAGGAUGGAGGAGUUUGCAAAUGAGACAGAGCAGCUGAGAAAGCAUAUAAAGGAUCCAAGUGUGCCGCUUCCUCCACCAACAAGCCGUUUACCGCCACCAGAUACCUAUGCUGAAACAGCGAAUAAGAAAUUACCUACACUUACAGGAGGUCUUUCUCCACCUCCUUCAACAUCUGGCCAUCAAGGUGCUCCUUCACUACCACCACCGGCACCACCACCGCCACCGCCACCACCUCCACCUCCGCCUCUUUUGUCAUUUGGAGGCUGUCCUCCACCACCACCACCACCACCAUUACCAGGUGGACAAGGCCCACCUGGGUUGCCAUUACCACCUCGGUUCAUGAAUGAAAUGGUAAGCCCUGAGCUACCAGAAUAUCUAAAGAAAAAACCACGUCGCGAAGUUGAUGUGGCAAUGAAAAAAAUUCCAUGGAGCUCGGCAACAAUCAAACCUAAAGAAAUCAGUAAGGACUCUUUUUGGGCGCAAACAGCGGAAGAGAAAUUCGCAAAUGAGCGAUUGUUUGAAACACUAAAAAAAAAAUUUGCGGCCAAUCGAAAUAGUACCGCUGAUUCUGACUCAACAACAAAUGGAAGGAGUUUGCCGAAGAAGAAAGUCCGAAAACCAUUAGUCAUACAGGAGGAAAAGAUCUUACAAAAUCUUGCCAUUCUGCAAGGAUCGCAGAAGAUACCGCUAGAGGAAUGGAAGCGGAUUUUGUUAGAAAUUGAUGAUCGAGUAAUAUCUUCGGGAACAAUGCAACAGCUGAGAAAUGCUUUGCCACCAUCUGACGCGUUGAAGAAGCUUCAGGAUUUAGCUGGUAAUAAAUUCAAUGAGAUGCCGGAAGGCGAACAGUUUGCUGCAACAUUGGCUUCAAUAAAAGGAUUACCAGCAAGAUUGGAUUCUAUGAUUUUCAUGCUCGAAUUUGAUAAAACUCUUAACGAUUUGAAACCGACUAUAUCGGCUGUGAUAGAAGCAUGCGAUGAAAUUCACACGUCAGCUGGUUUCAAGAUGUUUCUAGAAAUGGUUCUUUUGGUUGGCAACUACAUGGGGCACUCAUCGAAAACAUAUAAGGAUAUAUUCGGAUUCGAAAUGAGUGUACUUAAAAAGUUAAGUGGUACGAAAGAUGUCAACAAUAGCGAAUCACUUUUACACUAUCUCGUAAGUUGUAUGUCUAGAGAAGCAGAUGGUUUGUACGCAAACUUUCCGAAAAAUGAAUUCCUCCAUGUUGAUAAAGCUUCGCGUGUUAAUGCGGAUGAAGUGGCCAAAGGCGUUAGUGCUCUGAAAAAUGCUCUCAAUAAGGUCGAGAAUCAGCUUAAGACAUUUGUCAAGCAAGCAGAAAAUGACUUGUUCUUUGAAAAAAUGGGUCCGUUUUUGUCAAAGGCGAAAACAGAGUGCGAAAUCGUAGAAAAGAUGUAUAACACGAUGAACGCAAAAUGGGAGUCUUUAAGAAAGUAUUAUUCGUUCGAUCCAAAAAAAUACAACAUGGAAACAUUUUUCAGUGAUUUGAAAUUGUUCAAAGAGGAUUACGAAAAAGUAAUCCAUGACAUGGAGAAAAUACGUGAAGCGAAAGAACGCGAGGAACAAAGGAAGAAAAGACUACCAUUGAAGCCCCUGCAACCAGGAAUUGCGGCAUCUCCACUGAAUCGCACCGUCGCAAUCGAAGGGAUCCUGAAAACAGGAAAACAAGAUUUGGGUGUUGUGGAUGAAAUUGAGAAGAUAUUAGAAGCAGGAUACUUGGAAGGGGCAGAACGGAAGACACCAAGGAGAACACCACGUACUCGUGCUGGUCGCGCUGCAAUGGAACGGCAACGUUCACUCGCUUCUGAAGAACAUAUGUCAGCGAUAUCCGGUUCCGGAAUAUUGCAACUUCCAACGCAGUAUCGAAUACGGAGGAAAGGACAGCCCACAUUACUCGUACAGGCAGGUGCAGUAUCGGUACUGCCAAAAGAAAAUGAAAAGCCAUGA